UGGAACAAAAAUGUUAUAAAUUCAAUAUUGGAAAUAAUUGGAAAAUAAUUGAAUAAUAUUGAUUGUGUUUACCAUUCGUCGAAGUCAAGCUAAAAAUAAUAAAUACACUAAAUACUGAUAUUUUAAAAGAGAAUAAAAUACCUCAUUUUUGGGAGAGAAUUACACUACAAUUUUAAUUGUACGCUCAGUAUGAACGUGUGUACUUUUGUAAUUUAAUUUGGGUGAACUUAAAAACAAAUUCAUUAUUCAACUAGCUUCACGGCUCUUAAUAGUUAGAACAUCAAAUUUUUUGUAAGAAUAUACUAAGUCAAGAUAAGAAAAAAAUGCUUUCAUAUGCAAAAAUUUACAAGUAAUAAAUGACACGUCAGCUGAACAUUGUAUAAAGAAUUAUGUCCUUAUCACCGUUGCUCAAUUUUUAUUUGUCUUCUUAUACGAAAAACUAUUUUGGAAAUAGCGUGACAGUACUUUGGUACAAUCAAGAAUUUUCGCAAAGUCGAUUCCCUCCAGGACAAACGAUUAGCGAAGCAUGUACUCUUAUCUGUCUUCUUGUUGCUCAAAGAAUAUCUCAAACGAGAUUGUUAAUAUACGAUAUAGAAAGAUCCCACAAAUUUAUUACUAUCGUAGCUGAAGCUAUGAUAGAGGGUAAUACUAUGCAUGCAUGGAUUGUUAAGAAAGGUUUAGUUUCUCAUCCCUAUCUCAGUACAGAAGAGGCAUUAAAACUUGGACGCAGAAGUUUAAGUCUAUUAAGAGAAUGGACAUUUCGAAUAUUUUAUGAAAGGAUUCAAAACAGUUUAUAUCAACAUAUACGUAAUUUCUUACACAAAUGGUACUUGAUGCCAAAGUCUAAGAAUUUAUUUAUGCUUCUUAUUACCUGUGGACAAACAGUAUUGUUUAUAUUUCAAGAAAAGACUAAUAUGGUAACAUUUUUUGACUCUCAUAGUCAUAGCACAAUUACAAAUCCAAAUCGGGGAUUAGUUAUUGCCCAGACAACUAUAGACAAAUUGGAACAUUUAUGCAAUUGGUACACAAAGGACGUAUUAAAUAAAUGCUACAAUACAAAAGCAAAUCAAUACGAACUAGCUUUUUUAUAUCCAUCCAAUUCAUCAUGUGGCUGUAAUCCUAUAUGCAACUGUGGUAAUUGUUGCAGAAAACAUAAUAAUAAUUAUACAUAAUCCUAGUUUUUCAAGUAUCAAUAUGUAAAUUUUUUAAAAGUUAUACAAAUAUAUAAAAAAAAAAAUGUAAAA